CUGCAGAAUGGGCAAAGAGGUGUACAGCUUCGCUGGCCAUGAGAUCGUCAUCGAAGAGGGUCUUGACUCAUUUGCAGGCAUGAUAUGGCCUGGGGUGAGUGUGCUGGUGCUGGUACUGAGGUUUUACUUUUUUAUAAAACCCGGCCUACUGUGGAGAAGGUUGAGAAGUAUAUGCCAGCCACGCUUCCCUUUAAAAACAACACUGAGAGUUAAAGAGCUCUGACCGCUUCAGAUUUUUGAUUUUGCCACUUGAUGUUCAUUGUAGAGUCAGUGAAGGUUAUCCACUCUGCACCAUGGCUCUGCAAAAUGUUCAGAAAUGCUUUGAUUGAAAAAGCCAUGAGUAGCUCGCCAAUUCUCUGCAUCCCAGUGCAACACAGGAAGGGAAAAAUCUACUUCCUUUUCUACAUUAAGUUUGAGGACUAUAAUGUCAUGGUUGGCUAUAUCGUACUAGCUAUUAAACUAGUUAUUUAUGCUAUAUUGGACAUUUGGGUGGUUGCUACUUUAUAUGUUUUACUUUGCAUCCAUCCUUUGGGUUUGCACACCGGCAGUGGGAAUUAUUGCUGUUUCUCCCAGGCUUUGGCUCUCUGUCACUACCUUGACACUCACCGUGACCAGCUGAAUCUCGUGGACAAAGCCGUCCUGGAGAUUGGAGCAGGAACCGGUCUUGUGUCUGUGGUAGCGGCACUUCUCGGUGGUUGGGUCACAGCGACAGACCUUCCAGAGGUUCUGAGCAACACUAGAGCCAACCUGUGCAGGAACACCAGGGGUCUCUGCAGACACACACCCCAGGUGGCACCUCUGCCCUGGGGCUAUGACCUGGAGAGCACCUACCCUUCAUCCGUCUACAGGUAUGACUACGUCCUGGCAGCCGACGUGGUUUACCAUCACGACUUCCUGGAUGAGCUCUUGGUCACCAUGAAGCAUUUCUGCAAACCAGGAACAACACUGAUCUGGGCCAACAAGGUCCGAUUUGAGUCUGAUCUAGUGUUCACGGAGAACUUUAAGAAAGCCUUCCACACAAGUCUACUGGUCGAAGAAGGAGAGAUGAAGAUCUUCAUGGCAAUGAGUAGGGAGGGAGAUGGUGAAGUAGACCAGGGGCUGGAAAUCCAAGAUCUGUUGGGAGAAGAGGAUGGAACGACUGUGGAGGAAGAAAGCAACAAAGAUGACAGCGAAGACCAACCUUCCUGUGCCUGUAAAGAGGUGAGAGCUGAUGUACUGGACAGUUACAAUGAGGAGGAGUGGGAAAAAGACAAAGAGUUUGAAAGUGAUGAGGAGGAAGAGGAAAUUGUGACCUCCAAAGACGAUGAAACACAUGAGCAAAAUGAGAAUGUUGCAAGCAAUGACAACAGUUCUGAUCAGGAGCGUUCGGACCAGACAGCUGUAAGGCAGAAAUGGGUUCCAAACAUCAUUUGCCGCGUUAACAAAGACAUCUACCAUUACGUAGGGGAGGACAUCGUCAUUUACGAAUCCAUAGAUUCAUUUGGAGCAAUGAUGUGGCCAGCUGCGUUGGCUUUGUGCUCCUUCCUUGACAACAACAGGGACACAGUGGACCUGCGAGGGAAGAAGGUGCUGGAACUGGGAGCAGGAACAGGACUGGUAGCCAUUGUGGCCAGUCUACUGGGAGCUGCAGUCACAGCCACAGACCUUCCAGAGAUAUUAGGUAACCUUCAAGCCAACUUAAUGAGGAACACCAGGGGUCUCUGCAGACACACACCCCAGGUGGCACCUCUGCCCUGGGGCUACGACCUGGAGAGCACCUACCCUUCGUCCGUCUACAGGUAUGACUACGUCCUGGCAGCCGACGUGGUUUACCAUCACGACUUCCUGGAUGAGCUCUUGGUCACCAUGAAGCAUUUCUGCAAACCAGGAACAACACUGAUCUGGGCCAACAAGGUCCGACUUGAGUCCGAUCUAGUGUUCACGGAGAACUUUAAGAAAGCCUUCCACACAAGUCUACUGGUCGAAGAAGGAGAGAUGAAGAUCUUCAUGGCAACGAGUAGGGAGGAAGAUGAAGGUGACAGGAACAGACUGAGUAGGCCUACCGACUGCAGGCUCAAAGCCUAAGGAGGUUUAAAGGACUUAAUGUUGAAACUUUUUGUGUGAUUUAUUUUUUUUAAAUGUUGUCAGAUGCCCACUAACUUUGUUAAAGGUUGGCAGACAUGCAAGAUCUGUUUACAAAUGUUUUGCUCGAGACUCAGUAUGGAAGUCAUGUUUACGUUUGUUGGCUUCAGUUACCUGAGAAACGUUUAAAUGUCAGCUUAGUAUCAAAAUAUUUAUAAUAGUGGUCUUGGCAAGCUUCACUUUGGCUGGUCUGACUUUAAUCAAGAAAAAUUAGGAAAAGUAAUGAACCGUUUCUGGAGGCUCACUCUCACAAUAGACAACUUUUUUUUAAUACUUCUGCUGUUUUGGUUCUGCCAAAGCAUGGAAUUUGUAUAUGCCACUGCAACAACUUGUGUCUAUGCUUCUUAUGCUGGUACAAGAUGUUUGUGACGAUAUGCUGCACUGGGUUUUUUACCAAAAUGUCUACUGUGGUCUCAUCUGUCCAAUGAUUGUCCUUGUGGUACAAUUAGGUGCCACUUUACAAACUUAACAUGACUUGUUGUAUUUUCUUCAAGACAGAAGUCGUUCUACUGGAAACGUUUGAGUUCAUCCUGAUGUGAAUUUGCUGGGAUGCCUUGAUUGAUUUCCACUUGUGGAUUACAAAAUUGAUUGGAAAAAGCCUUAAAAUCUAGAUUGAUACACAUCAACAGAUGCUUCUUUAAAGUCAAUGUAAUUUCCAUGCUGACAUUGUGUUAACACACAUCUGUAUCCUCCAAACAUCCACUUUCUGGUCUUAUAGGAGGUGGUCAGAAUGCUGUCAUAUAAACAGGAGAAUAUACUUCCCCUUUUCCUGUCAAAUCUCAUUAAAGAUGCAAUGGUCUAGAUGCAACAAUGAAGCUCAUUGUACUGGGGAAACCUAUUGUCUAUUUGGUGGUUCAAUGCCUUUUUGUUUAACAAACUACUUUUGAUAGAUCAAACUAUGUGGACAAUGUGAAUUCUUCUUUGUCUUUUUGUAUUUUUCAGACUCAUAAUAGAGACAAGUGACAUGUGAACCCGUUUUAAAUAUCUUUAUUCAGUGAA